GUGAGAGAGCGAAGAGGGGUGGGGGCGAGAUCCCAAACCACCAAAUCUCUUGUUGCAGUUUUUUGUUGCUGCAGAAUUGUUCAGCUCCAGGAGACUGUGAGGGAGCCCAGGUUUUGCUGUCAGCUCGGGGAAAGAAAGGCCAGUUUGCCGAGGCAGCAGAGAGGAGCCCGGAGCUGGGGCUGAGACACUGAAGAGAACCCGAAUCACCCAAUGGCUUCCUAGAUAUCCCCCUCCUCACGCCCGUCUGCCCCCACCCCCGAAUUCCUGACUCCCCCCCACCCCCACCCCCCUCCCCAAACCCUCACCCCAGUCAUUGCCAUCCCCUUGUGUAACUGAGCUGGUGACGAUAUGGAUAAUCGGAGCCGCUGGAGGAGAGCGACAUCGCUUUGGGACUGUGCUGUAACUUUACAAAUCCUCACCCUCUCAGUAAUAACUUAUGUUCAUGCAGUGGAGCCAGUGGACGUCCUGAAAAUUCUAGAACUUCACAAUUUACCUGAAGGAAUAGAGAGAACGAUAGGUUUUUGUGCCAACAGGAAGACAACAAGGACUGCAGAUGUUGCCUAUACCGUAACUAAGUCAGCCCAGCUCAGUGCUCCGACCAAACAGUUAUACCCAGAUUCAGCAUUUCCUGAGGAUUUCUCCAUCUUACUGACAGUUCGUGCAAGGAAAGGAAAGGCCUCCUUUCUCCUAUCCCUCUACAAUGAGCAGGGCAUCCAACAGUUAGGCGUGGAACUGGCUCGCAGCCCCGUUUUCCUCUAUGAAGACCAGACAGGGAAGCCAAGCCCAGAGGAAUAUCCGGUUUUUAAUGGAGUCAACCUGAUUGAUGGAAAAUGGCAUCGGGUAGCGAUCAGUGUGCACAAGAAGACAGUCACCAUGAUCCUGGAUUGCAAAAAGAAGUUCCAGAAAUCACUAAACAGGAGCAAACAGCCCGAGAUCGAUACAAACGGAAUCAUUGUGUUUGGAACACGGAUCCUGGACGAAGAUGUCUUUGAGGGUGAAAUCCAGCAACUCCUUAUUGUGCCUGACCACCGAGCUGCUUACGAUUACUGUGAACAUUACAGCCCAGACUGUGAGACCCCCCUGCCUGAUUCACCGCAGUCUCAGGAUCCCAACUUUGAUGAUUAUGAUCCUACGGGAGAUAAUUAUUAUUACGAAUAUCCAUACUAUGACCCCCUAUACAAUGAAAACGAAAUUCUCACUUCAACAACCUCAGAAUAUGGAGAGCAGCGUACAGGGCCAGUCACGGAAGUGCCAGACCAACAGGAGACCCAUACUGAAGGUGAGGAUUUCUAUGAGGAACCAACAACCACCCUCCCAAAAACCAUAACUGAGGAGGCUUAUCCAUCAUCGGUGACAGGUUAUUAUGACAUCUACGGAGAUGAAUAUUAUUAUCCAGAAAUCCCACUCACAGAUGAAACAUUGGACACAGAGGAUUAUAUUGUUUCAGGAGGAGAUUGGCUGGACAACCAGACCCAGACGGUCAGGCCGGAAGUGUUUGCAUACAACGAGACUGUCUUGGAAGGAAAUCCUGACGACACCAUCAAUGUGGAUCUGGACAAGAGAACAGGCCCAGAAGAGACGGAAGACAAAUUCAAUGUAACUACAAUUGGGGAAGAAGGAGACAACUCAUUCUAUGACGACUAUGAGGUUUAUUAUGAAUACGAAGAUUUUGAUGACAAGGAAAACAUUGGCCCAGUUUCCCCAGUGAUCACAGAUAACAUCCACGAAGUGGGCACUGGACCGAGGGGUGAGAAGGGACAGAAAGGUGAACCUGCCAUCAUUGAGCCAGGAAUGCUGAUUGAAGGCCCCCCGGGAAGAGAAGGACCAUCUGGCAGUCCUGGGCGCACUGGACCCCCAGGACCUCCAGGUCCAGUCGGUGAUCCAGGGCUGAGGGGACCGCGUGGACGUUCCGGGCUGCCUGGGGCUGAUGGCUUACCCGGACCUCCAGGGACCAUGCUUAUGCUGCCGUUCCGGUUCACGGGUGGUGGCAGUGCGGGAGAGAAGGGACCGAUGCUGUCUGCUCAGGAAGCUCAAGCCCAGGCAAUAUUACAGCAGGCCAGGCUGGCAUUGAGAGGACCAACUGGACCAAUGGGAUUAACUGGAAGACCAGGCCCUAUUGGACCACCUGGAUAUCUUGGGAUCAAAGGUGAAAUGGGAGACAUUGGGCCUCAGGGUCCAAGAGGGGCACAAGGCCCACCCGGCCCAACAGGGAAACCAGGCCGAAGGGGUCGAGCUGGAGCUGAUGGAUCGAGGGGAAUGCCAGGCCCACCUGGGAGGAAGGGAGAUCGAGGAUUUGAUGGACUCCCUGGGCUUCCGGGUGAGAAGGGAAACAGAGGGGAUGCAGGGCCACAGGGACCACCUGGACCUCCUGGUGAGGAUGGCGAGAGGGGCGAUGAUGGAGAAGCUGGUCCAAGAGGUUUACCAGGAGAACCAGGUCCCCGUGGAUUGUUGGGUCCAAAGGGACCUGCCGGACCCUCGGGCCCCCCAGGGGUGACGGGAAUGGAUGGGCACCAUGGUCCAAAAGGCAGCCAGGGCCCUCAGGGUGAACCAGGGCCCCCAGGACAGCAGGGGAAUCCAGGAGCUCAGGGUCUCCCUGGGCCUCAGGGACCAAUUGGACCUCCAGGAGCUAAAGGACCCACUGGCAAACCAGGUCUCCCAGGAUUACCAGGAGCAGAUGGACCACCGGGUCACCCCGGCAAGGAGGGUCCAACUGGAGAGAAGGGCAGCCCAGGUCCACCAGGGCCACAGGGUCCUAUUGGAUAUCCAGGACCACGUGGUGUCAAGGGUGCUGAUGGUGUUCGUGGCUUGAUGGGACAUAAAGGCGAGAAGGGUGAAGAUGGUUUCCCAGGAUUCAAGGGUGAUAUGGGAAUAAAGGGCGACAGAGGUGAGCUCGGUCCAGCGGGACCCAGGGGAGAAGAUGGUCCCGAGGGUCCGAAAGGACGGUUUGGGCCCGCUGGAGAUAAUGGCCCACCUGGGCCGCCUGGUGAAAAGGGAAAACUGGGAGUUCCAGGAUUGCCAGGCUACCCAGGAAGACAAGGUCCAAAAGGUUCAAUUGGAUUCCCAGGAUUUCCAGGAGCAAAUGGCGAGAAAGGAGUGAGGGGGACUCCAGGAAAAGCAGGACCCAGGGGGCAGAGAGGGCCAACGGGGCCGAGGGGUGAACGUGGCCCGAGAGGAGCCACUGGAAAAGCUGGACCUAAGGGUAGCUCAGGCAACGAUGGUCCACCAGGUCCUUCUGGUGAGAGGGGACCACCUGGACCUCAGGGACCAAUGGGAUUUGCUGGACCCAAGGGACCUCCUGGCCCAGCUGGCAAGGACGGAUUGCCUGGACAUCCUGGCCAACGCGGGGAAACGGGUUUCCAAGGCAAGACAGGCCCCCCCGGCCCUCCUGGAGUGGUUGGCCCCCAGGGUCCCACAGGAGAGACUGGCUCCCUCGGUGAGCGCGGCCACCCAGGGCCCCCUGGUCCUCCUGGAGAACAAGGACUGCCAGGAUCUGCUGGGAAAGAAGGUGCAAAGGGAGAUCCUGGUCCUGCUGGCCCACCUGGGAAGGAUGGUCCUCCUGGCCUCCGAGGAUUCACUGGUGAACGUGGACUCCCUGGACCCCUUGGUCAGAUUGGUUUGAAAGGCAGUGAGGGACCUCCUGGGCCCCCAGGCCCCCUGGGCUCUCCAGGUGAUCGUGGGCAGGCUGGACCGGCAGGACCCAUCGGACUCCCUGGGCGACCUGGCCCUCAAGGGCCCCCAGGCCCUGCUGGUGAAAAGGGAGCCCCUGGUGAGAAAGGACCUCAGGGACCAGCAGGUCGUGAUGGGGUCCAGGGUCCUGUUGGUCUCCCAGGUCCAGCUGGCCCAUCAGGACCACCAGGGGAAGAUGGAGAUAAGGGUGAAGCUGGUGAGGCAGGACAGAAAGGCAACAAAGGUGACAAAGGUGAACAGGGUCCACCUGGUCCGUCAGGACCUCAAGGCCCCAUUGGACAACCCGGACCAGCUGGGGCAGAUGGCGAGCCUGGUCCGAGGGGACAACAAGGUCUCUUUGGCCAGAAAGGUGAUGAAGGCCCAAGGGGUUUCCAUGGUCCUCCUGGUCCAGUUGGUCUUCAGGGGUUACCUGGUCCACCAGGUGAGAAAGGUGAAACUGGUGAUGUGGGACCAAUGGGUCCCCCUGGGCCCCCAGGACCCCGCGGCCCGUCUGGUGCUCCAGGGGCAGAUGGUCCCCAAGGUCCUGCAGGAGGAAUCGGUAACCCAGGCGCCGUGGGCCAGAAGGGUGACACUGGAGAGGCGGGAGCACCCGGACCUCCAGGAUAUUUGGGAAUGCCAGGGCCUAAAGGGGAACGGGGUGAGAAAGGUGAAUCUGGACCAUCAGGUGCUGCUGGACCUCCAGGUCCAAAAGGUCCUCCUGGAGACGAUGGUCCAAAAGGAAGUCCCGGACCAGUUGGUUUCCCUGGUGACCCCGGUCCCCCUGGUGAAGCAGGCCCUCCGGGCCAAGAUGGACCUCCAGGUGACAAGGGAGAAGAUGGUGAACCAGGACAGAUUGGCUCCCCUGGUCCAACUGGUGAAGCAGGACCACCUGGUCCUCCAGGAAAGAGGGGUCCUCAUGGUCCUGCAGGUCCUGAGGGGAGACAGGGAGAGAAAGGAGCGAAGGGUGACCCUGGUGCUGAAGGUCCUGCGGGUAAAACUGGCCCCGUUGGUCCACAAGGAUCUCCAGGUAAACCGGGCUCAGAGGGGCUGCGAGGGAUUCCAGGUCCUGUGGGUGAGCAAGGUUUACCAGGACCCCCUGGUCCAACCGGACCACCAGGCCCAAUGGGUCCUCCUGGAUUGCCGGGCCUCAAAGGCGACCCUGGUACAAAGGGUGAGAAGGGACAUCCUGGUUUGAUUGGAUUGAUUGGGCCUCCAGGAGAACAGGGUGAGAAAGGUGACCGAGGCAUUCCAGGACCUCAGGGACCUCAAGGUCCUAAAGGAGAAAUGGGUGUCCAUGGUCAAGCAGGUCCGAUUGGUCCUCCUGGUCCUCCUGGAUUAACUGGUCCACCUGGCCCAAAAGGUUCUAAAGGUUCUGCUGGGCUGACCGGUCCGAAAGGGGAAUCAGGAAUACAGGGACCACCAGGACCACCUGGUCCUGCUGGUGAGGUCAUUCAGCCAUUCCCAAUUCAUUCCUCCCAAAGAGCCAAGCGUUCCAUCGAUGCCAGUCAGCUGUUGGAGGAAGGCCUUCCUGACAAUUACCUGAACUACGCAGAUGGAAUGGAAGAGAUCUUUGGCUCCCUGAACUCCCUGAAACUGGAAAUUGAACAGAUGAAACAUCCAAUGGGCACACAAACCAACCCUGCACGUACCUGCAAGGACCUGUUCCUGUGCCACCCUGACUUCCCAGAUGGUGAAUACUGGAUUGACCCAAACCAAGGCUGCUCCAGAGACUCGUUCAAGGUUUUCUGUAAUUUCACAUCUGGAGGAGAAACUUGCAUCUUCCCAGACAAGAAAUCUGAAGGAAGUAAACUGGCUCGUUGGCCGAAAGAGCAGCCGGGUGCUUGGUAUAGUCAUUACAAGCGAGGUGCCCUGCUCUCAUACACAGAUGCUGACAGCAAUCCGGUCGGAGUGGUGCAGAUGACUUUCCUGAGGCUGUUGAGUGCUUCUGCCCAUCAGAAUCUGACCUAUACCUGCCACCAGAGUGUGGCCUGGUAUGAUGCGACCUCUGACAGUUAUGACAAGGCCAUCCGCUUCCUGGGCUCCAAUGAUGAAGAGAUGUCAUACGACAACAACCCCUACAUCCAAGCAAUUGUAGACAGAUGUGCAACAAAGAAAGGUUACCAAAAAACGGUCUUACAGAUUGACACUCCCAAAGUGGAACAGCUUCCCUUCAUUGACCUCAUGUUCAAUGACUUUGGAGAGUCUGGCCAGAAGUUUGGUUUUGAAAUUGGACCAGUCUGCUUCGUGGGAUAAAACGUUUAAAUCUUCACAGAGAGAGACAAAAACUGUUUAAACACAGACACAGACACACACUCACAGACACCCACACACCCACCCCCACACCCACACACACCCACAGGAAGAAUGAGAGAGUCUGCAGUAAACAACAAAUGACCUCAACAAGCGAUUGACAGACCGAGAGUUGGAGCUGGCCUUGAGGAAAGUUUGAACAAUUCUGCUUCCAGCAGAAACAAACCUCCAAGCGGCACCGCCAGGGAUGGGACCACUCGAAGUCUUAAGAUCCCCAAGCCCCGAGGGGAGUGGACAGUCUUUCUGCUCGGGACUGGGGGAGAGAGGCCCGAGUGCUCAAAAUAAGUCAGAGAAAUCUUUCCCUGAGGAGGUAGCCCCGCAUUGAGAACAGCCCCAGACCCUCGUGUGUGUCUCUCUCUCACUCUUUCUCAGCCUGAUAACUUCUCUCUCUCUCUCUCUCUGUAUCUCCUGCAGUUAUCUUGUCUCAGAUACAUAGGUUUUUUUAAAGAAAGAAAAAUCUCGUCAAAUAAAUGUUUUGAAUUGAAAACCUUCCUCAGAAAUGGUGCUGACAAUUUUAUUAUUUCUUUUUAAAACAAAUUUUUUGUACGUUUGUAAGUAAAUAUUUUAUUGUAUAAUAUUUUAAUUCUUCCUGCAGCUUCUGGCUUUGGAAUCAGUGCAUGUGGCUCUUAAAAUGUACAAGGACAACCCGUCAUCCUAUGUGCAAAAAAAAUCAAUAUAUCAAACUGUGUUAUUGGGUUCAAUAAAACCUGCCCUGCUGCAUUCUCAAAAGCACACGGCUCUGUCACAGAUCCUUCACCGUCUCCUGCUGCUGUCUCCAGGUUCCGAGCUAACUCUGCACCUUGUCCGUUUCUGUGGGAACCCUCUCGCAUCACAAACAAAAACCGCUCUUUCUUUCCUUCCGCCUCAGUUGCUGGGGAGCUGCGGGAGGGUGGGGAGGUUUCUGCUUUAACCCUCUGGGUUUGGCAGCACUGUGCAGCUAGGUCUUUGCCGGUUGUGGGUGAAGACUCGCCGGGAGAAUGUGAGCAACGAGGGGGUCAAGGCGUUUUCCGAAGAUUAGGUGCUAUUCCAACGCCUGACCUGUGGUGCCCCUCUGCCCAGCUGCCACUGGUUUGAUUUGCUCGGCCAAUUCAGCCACACUUCCAGGAAGAUUGUACCCUCACCUCGACGCUCUCUGACGCUGCAGUUUGAUUUCUGUUGUCCAUGCCCUUUUAUAUCAGUGUAAUAUCUUUCCAGGAACACACGAGACCCUCCUUCAGUACGGCUGUACCUCCUAUGUAAAUGGUGCAUUGAUUUAGCCACUUUCAGAGUGUGUUUUACGAGCAUGUGUUACCUGCUAAGAAGCGGCCAGCUGUAUUUGUGGUGCUAUUGGAUGUAUCGUAUCGAAAUCUAGAUUGAAGUGUCUUCUUACUCAUAGCCCUCGUCUUCAAUGACACACGAGGCCCCAUCUUUAUUUCAUUCAUUUUGAUAUUGCAGCUGGAUUUCUGAGCUGCAAUUUGUUAGCCCCACACGUUAGGCAUGGUCGCUGCUCCUUGCUUCCUGUUUAUUCGGAGUGUUCUGCAGCUCGUCCCCUCUGUUACCCACCAGCUCCUGAUCGCCUCAGCUUUUCUGAAAGGCUUUGUUCCAUUGCAUCUUGCAGUUUUCCUCUGGAUGUGUCUCUCUCUCUGUCUCUCCCCAGCUCCCUCUCUACCCCAACUGGCUGCCUCUCUCACACAGUCAUACGUUCUCACAGACUCUCCAUUCUCUCUUAUUCACUCACUCUCUCACACACACAAAGUAUCUCUCUCUGUGUCCCUCUCACAGUGUGUCUCUCUCCACCUCGAACAGUAUCUCACUCUCACCGCUAUCCAAGCCGGAGUUGCCUUUGCAUUAAAAGUACUUUUGUAAUUUUAUUUUUCUUAAGAAACAUGUGACUUGAACAUAAAAUAUUGUUAAUGACGAACUGUUGGAGGGUUUUCUUGGUACUUUUAUUGGCCCUGAAACUUUAAGUCAGAUCGUUAUACUGUCAUGUGACAUAUUGUAAAUGUUUAUGAGAAUCCCAAUAAACUUGUUCAUGAAACUGAGAA